CUCCAGCAAACGGGUAACUCAAUCAACAUUUCGACAUUUGAAUUCAGAGAAGGCAUUGAUCACUGCAGCCUCGUCGCAUUUGCUCUUGAACACUGGGGUGCUAAUUGGCAGUAAUUAACAGUAAGGGUGUGAUCAUCAAGAAACGGGCACAUACCUGAAAGCGCAUAAAAUGAAACGCUGAUGACUAACGACCCUUAGCUGCUAUAAAUAGUUGAUGAUUAUCCACCACCAAAUCUGGUUGAGCGGUUCGUCACUUUGGGUUCGUUCUAAAAGAAUAUUUUCAAAAAUAAGUAGGCCAUUAACGGUAAUGUUGCAGUACGAUAUAAAGUCCAAUGCAUAAAAAUGUAUUAGAUUGUUCACACUGAGAUCUGCUGAAUUUCCGCAGUGAGAGGAACAGAAAAACAGAACCUCGGAACCAGAACAAAAGAAUCAAAUGUGUGUUCAGAUGAUUAUACGGGCCGGAAAUGGUCGAUAACUUCUCGCCACGCCGCUAUAGUUUAUCUGUUGUUGCAGGAAACCAGCACUUGUGACAUGAAAUGGGGCGCAGGAAUAUUCUGGUAGCGCUGAAAACACUUGAGAGAAAAGCGAAGUAGUGCGGCGGAUUUCUGGGGGGGCUCAACACACACGACUCCACUGAAAAGGAGCGAGAAGUUCCAUCCACCUUGGCCGUGGUGUGGAGUUUGGCAGUGAGGCGCGGCAGAUCACACCGCGCCGCUGGAAGGGGCGCAUCAGUCCGCGCCGCUGGAAGGGGCGCAUCAGUCCGCGCCGCUGUGACAGAUGUGCAUUCCUCAAACAAGCGGCGCGUCCCUACAAGUCGAGCAGGAAGAAGAGAAACCAAGUUUACUGGCGCACUGAAGGGGAGGGGAGGCGCAGAUACGUCCCCCAGCCUGGCUUGCUGCUUUCUCCCUGCAUCGUGUGCAUGGCAGACUAAUCUGGUUACUAAGUUAAAUGGUAACCGGGACGGAGGCAGCGGCGAGCGGCUGGCGACGGAGAAAGAGGCGGACGGCGCGGCUUUCCCCCCUCCCCGGCGCAGACGGGCUUCGGACAUGUCUCCCUGGACUAUCUUACCCGUCAGUCUUCCCGUCCUGACCAUCACCGGAAUAUGGGUUGUAUAUGCCAUGGCCCUCUACAACCAGCACGUCUGUCCCAUGGAUAACUGGGUGUAUAACCAGUCCUGUGAGGUGGACCUGUUCAUGCAGAGGGGGCCGGUUUUGUGCUGCACCCUGGACAACGUGCCCCUGAUCAGUAAGUGUGGCAGCCUGCCUCCUGAAAGCUGCUUCUUCAGCCUCAUCUGCAGCACCGGCUCCUUCAUGGUCAUGCUGAUUGGCCUGCUCCGCUACGCCCACGUCAUCGAGAAGCACAGGAACUGCAUCCUGAACACAGCGGCCCUCUCCAUGUGCUGGAUCUGCGCCACGGGCCUCAUCAUGGUGGGCAACUUCCAGGUGGACUACGCCAAGGUGCUGCACUAUGUGGGGGCAGGGGUGGCCUUCCCUACCAGCAUGCUGUUUGUGGGCCUCCAGUCGGCCCUGACCUACCGACUCGCCAAGACCCAGGCAGAGUACGGCGUGGCCCACUUACGCCUGGGGAUGGCGCUGCUGGCCUUCGUCUCCCUAGUGCUCAGUGGCGCAUUUUUUGUUCAGGAGAGCUUUGCGCUGCAACACGCCUCGGCCAUCUUUGAGUGGGUCUUCGCCGUCAUCAUCAUGCUCUUCUACGGAACGUUUGCUUUCGAGUUUGGGGACGUGUCCAGCGACACCCUGAUGGUGCUGGCCCGGGGCGGGGGCUCGCGGGGUUCAUCCCGCAGUGAGCGCAAGGCGGAGGAGGUAACAGGCCCGGGCCACCUGCACCCUCCCGAAGGCAUGUCCAUGCUGUAGUUGAGGGCUGGGAGCCCUAAGACACUUUCUGCCAGCCGGACAUGGGAUCUGCCACUGACAAGAGGGCAGGGGGACCUUCAGGAGGAGCAGUAGGGGCUUCUCCCUCCUUCACUGGGGCUCACAGAGGGGGCGUGGGCAAAGCUUGGCACAUGGCUGACCUGCCGAAACCUCUCAGUUUCUGAGAACCAAAGACCAAACUGGCCUCCUGACUUCUCACGGUCCAGCAGAAAGGACCGGCAAGGAGCACAGGGACCCUGAACGGCCCACCAGCCCCCUGGGUAAAAAGGGUUCCUUCCAACCAAAACAUUCCGCCCCAGAGCACUUCUCGCAGGGACCAGGAUGGACACCUGGGACUUCGGCAGGGCAUGAUGGGUAAUGAGACAUUUUGCAGGAGCAAGCAGGGCGUCCAGUGUGCCUCUCAAACUCUUCCUGUCCCUGGUGCUUGAUGGAGUAAAAAAAAAAAUAUUGGGGACAACAUACAAAGUAUGUUCUAAUUUAAGUGUUUGGGAUGGUUUUUAGUCAAUUAAAUGUACAUUUAAAUUGACGGCAUUUAAUCCCACACCAGUUUGUGAAAGCUGCUGAUUUUUCCGGCAUAAAGGGGUAAAACCUGAUAGUGUUUUUAGUGAAUGUAGUAUUUGCUGAUUCCCCAGGAAAUCGCCAUCGUUGUAGUUCAGAAGUGGAGGGGCUGUAAUGGACACAGAAGAGGGCAGAAUCGCCGAUUGGCUGUAACUUUAGCUUUUCCAGAAGAAAUGUGUCACAUGGUGGGAAAUCUAUUAACCUUCCUUUGCCUUGUUCUCAUAUGCCCACCGCAGUGCUUUCAAACGCAAGAGCAUGAAGUUCACACGAAGUCGCUUUUUAACUAUGCAAGGAAAACAGCCCGGAGCUUAAAAAAAAAAAAAAAAAAAAGAUAAGCCAAAAUAUACCUUUCAAUGUGCUGGCAUGAUAAUUUUAAUAGUACCUACACCCACUCCAGGGCCAGUCUGCCUGCUUCAGUCUCCAGCUAUAUUUUGAAGGAUCUCUUGUUCAAUGAAAGGCUGACACCUUGUGGUCAGAAGAGAUCACUACAUUGCUCUAUUUUGGUAGCGCACCUUAUAGCACAACUAUAGAUUCUCUUUCGUCUGAUAUUGCACCAGUAAAAGUCAGCAGGUGUAUUUUACCUUCAGGGUUGCUGUCUUACAGAAAUGCACCAAGCCGUUAUAGAUGUAUAUUCCUAUCCACUCUUUUAUUUUUAUUUUUUUUAUCUGUCUCUUCUGUCUUUCUCAGGAAAAUCCAGUACAACGUCUUUCCAGCUUGUAGUUGGAGUAUCAGCAAAAUAUGUAAUUUGUUUCUUGAAUCCAGAAACAAAGGGACAGUGUGUCUUUUGGAUGUGCAGCGAUAUUAGCACGUUAGCAUUCUGUAUGUCUUCAUUACAGUGUCCAGGCCAUGCUUUACUGAGAAUGUGUCCUGGAAGUGAAGUGUCACCCGAUUUAGUAUUUGCUGGGACGUGGACGUAAAUCCUGGAUGGCUGCUGCUCGGCCUCCAGGAGUCCGAACUUGCAGCAGAGAGACAGUGAUUGUGCUGCUGGCUCAAGGGUCACAGGUGACUUGGAACCGGGGCCAGGCAGCUGGUGGAUCUCUGCAGUGGGGGGCAUGGCCAGGCAGCUGGUGGAUCUCUGCAGUGGGGGGCAUGGCCAGGUAGCUGGUGGAUCUCUGCAGUGGGGGGCAUGGCCAGGCAGCUGGUGGAUCUCUGCAGUGGGGGGCAUGGCCAGGCAGCUGGUGGAUCUCUGCAGUGGGGGGCAUGGCCAGGCAGCUGGUGCCAGUUGGAAGGUGCAGAUUCACAGGGGUAACUACAGAUUUAAGGCGACGUCUCAAGAAGGUCGAGAACCACAGGAGCAGGAAGAUGUGAGCCUUACUUAUCCUGGUGAGAAGCCCCAGUGGCCCCCAAGCCCUCUCACAGCUAGGGUGGGGGUCAGUGGAAGAGAGAGGGCGUGUGGCGAAAUAGCAGAGAUUGGGGAGAAUCAGUGUGCCUUAAACGAUGGCAAAUAUCUCACACAUGCAGACAUGGCUGCAGAACUCACUGGCCUUAUACUCACUGCAUGCAGUGAGGUGGCUGAAGUCUGCACAGUGAAAUGUUUUGUGCCUCUUUUUCCACUUUCAAACCAAAGAUUUAAUCCUGUUAUUUUAUGUUAAACUGUUUAAUACGUGUUAGAUUUUUCUAGCGCUUCAGAAAAGUUUUAAGUAGCUGUAAGGAGGACAGUUGUGCUUAGAUUAUGUAAGACUUUGAAUUGUACACUCAAUAAAAAAAAUCCAGAGAAA